ACCUAUUUAGCCCCUAUAAGGGAGUACCCCCCUUCCCCCGUGCAACACCCCCACAUUCAUUUGCCCCAGUUCUCAAACUUUGCUAGCUACACAAAUAACCAGGCAUUAAAGAGUUUGCGGUGAGAGGAGAAAGUUCUUUGGAAAGUGUCAUUUUGAAUAACAGUUCUCUAAACCACUUCUUAACAUCACUGAUUAAGGCCCUGUGGGGGCAGUUUAUCUCAUUACAGGAAAUGCAUCUCGGUAACUUAAAAGAAUUUGCUUGUUCAUGAAAUGCGAAUUUUCAAGAUAAUUAUGUUCAGAGUUCUAAUUUAUUUACUAAAUGGUCCAAAAUGCAACCAUGAAUUUGCAGAUGUGCUGUUCCCAACACUAUCCAUACCUCUGCCCCAUCCCACGGAAGGUUUUUCGGUUUGCGUCCUCCAAACCCUUUAGAAAAUCCAGUUUAGCUUCAUACUUUCCUUUUAAAAUUUUGGCUUUAAGACUCUCCACCCUCUGGAAAUUAAACUUUCAACAAUCUUCCUUGGGAUGGGUAUUUUCUGGAACCACAAAAUAUCUUAGGACCUGUACAAGAUGGACCCCUUGGACUUUAUACUCAGAAUGUCUUAUUUUAGGUGUGGUGACCCCUGCUAAGGCUCAAGGUCUUUGUGGCUCAUGUUGGACCUUUUCUUCCACUGGACCAAUAGAAGGAGCUUAUGCCAUCCAGACAGGAAAACUAAUGGACAUAUCAGAACAGCAGCUUAUGGACUGUAGCUGGGGGUUUGGUAACAGCGGUUGUCGCGGGGGUUACUCGUGGAAAGCCCUUGUCUGGGCCAAGAAACACGGAGUUGCGUCCAGUCACAGCUAUGGCAGGUAUCUUGCGCAGGAAGGAUACUGCCAUUGUGCCAAGGAAGAUGGUUGUGAUGUCGUGAACUUCAAGCGAGUAGUGACCGUCAAGAAAAAUGACGUGGAAGCCUUAAAACAAGGCCUGGCAAAGUUUGGUCCGGCAUCCAUAGCAAUCGACGUCGGUAGAAAGACUUUGAAGUUUUAUAACUCAGGCGUUUAUGAUGACCCUGAAUGUAGCACAAAGACAAAUCACGGAGUCGUUGCGGUUGGAUUUGGAGAAGAAAAUGGCACUCCAUACUGGAUAGUGAAGAAUUCCUGGGGGAAAUUCUGGGGUGAAGAAGGAUUUGUUAAAAUUGCAAGGAAAGAUAACUUGUGUGGAGUCCUUAGCAACGAGCCAAUAUUUGUAUCCAUGAACGAGACGGAUACUGGUGACUCUAAUGAAAUUUAUCCAUUCAGGAGGAUGAAAAAACAGAGCUUUUUUGAUGUGGAAAGACGACUUAAUGUUACAACUUUAAAACUGUCUCCGUUUGAUUACAAGAGGUCUAAAACGCGAUUUGAAGAGCUCAACAAGCAAGAUGAUAGAACUUCUGUAAAAAAUUAAUGUU